AUGGCUCGAAACAAGGACGCCAUGGUUUUGUUGAUCGAUGUCAGUCCAUCAAUGCACAAAGCUCUUCCAGAGAUAGAAAAGUUUGCUCUAUGUAGCAGAGGAAGAAGCAAAUAUGAUGAAGUAGCAGUUGUUUUGUUUGGAACAGAAGUGCAACAGCCUAGUAACUUCAUGAUUGUGUAUUUCUUUUGGUCUGCACCCUUCUGCAUAACAUAUUUCCAUUCUUACUCCUUUGGAUUCAAAAUGCUGAAGAAAUCAAGAGUAGCGAUUUUUUUACGAGACAAGCCAUCUGGGUCAAACGAGGGUCAUGCUGACAUUUCUGAUGAACCUAACUCCAGCGAUAUACUUCUGCUGUUAAGGUUGAGAAAGUUGGGGAUGCUACUCCUGUCCCAGAUUUGA